GAAAGAUUUCCAAAAACUUCCAUUGGGUCGAGAGAUUUCUUUGGAUUUUGUAGUCGCCGACGAAAUCAUGGGACCUUCUUCUCCGACGCCGUCGUCGUCUCCGAUUACCGUAUUUCUCACCGUCUCCAGUGUUCUCCUCUUCUCCUCUGGAACUACUCUAGGAGCUUCUCCUUGCUCCAACAACGCGUUGCCGAUAGUGAGAAAUAUAAGUGAGCUUCCUCAAGAUAGCUAUGGAAGAUCAGGAUUUUCCCACAUGACUAUCGCCGGUUCAGUAAUGCACGGGAUGAAAGAGGUCGAAAUAUGGCUUCAAACACUUACUCCAGGUGUACACACACCGAUUCACAGGCACUCCUGUGAAGAGGUUUUCGUCGUCCUGAAGGGAAAGGGCACACUGUAUCUUGCUGAAAAUUCGCAGGGUAAAUACCCGGGGAAGCCGCUGGAAUUUCCCAUCUUCGCAAACAGUACAUUUUAUAUCCCAAUCAACGAUGCUCAUCAGGUCUGGAAUACUGAUGAACAUGAGGACCUCCAGAUUCUGGUUAUCAUUUCCCGUCCUCCUAUCAAAGUGUUCAUCUAUGACGACUGGUUUAUGCCACAUACAGCUGCAAGGUUGAAGUUCCCUUACUACUGGGACGAGCAAUGCUUCCAAGAUUCCCAAAAGGAUGAGAUUUGAACAACUUUGAGCCAAUCCAAUACCACAUGAUCUAAUGCAUGUAGAUACAAGGCUGCUAUGUUAGCAAAAAUGUUACAUCUUUGAUAAUAAUCUCUUUUGAAACAGUCUCAUCUGCAAAUGUUAUGGCUGGCUUCACUUUCUUUUUUCUUUGCACACCUUCUUUCAGCUUCAUUUUCAUAGCAGAGAAAGAUGCCAAAAAAUGUGAUGCCGAUGAAGCAGUAGAGGGGUCUCGAGAUUAUUUUUUUUGUUUGAUAAGAUUUUCGCAAUGAAUAGAAAGACAGAUCAUAUA